AUGGGUUCUUGUUUCAGCAAAAAAACCACCACCACCACCGCUAUACCACUGUCGCCUCAAAACUCCGACCACCACCAACCACCGCACAACGCCAAAAAUGACCAACCGGUUUCCAAAAAGGAGCUCUUCGUCAUCAAACACAGAGUAAGUCACGAAAUUGACCGGCACUCUGACCAAGAAACCGACCAAAACCCUAACCCUAGCUCCACCACUACCACUAACACUGCCACUACAACCACUACCGGCAUUGGCGCCGGAGCUAUUAUCCUACAAUCCGACAGGCUUAGCCGGAGCAAUUCCGCCGGGAGAGCUCAAAACCCUAGCCGCAGAAGAAGACAUUCUCGUUCAAAACAGAGUUUCGAUUCACAGGUCGAUACGAAUGAUGCUGAUGCUGAAGAUAAUGAUGGUGAAGAUGUGCUGGAUCACCAGCAUCGUCAGCGAAACCGAAACCGGGAGAGUGAGGUUAGGGUUUCAUCUAGCGGAAGAUAUAGCAGUAAAGAAAGGAGAAUAAGUAUAUCACCUAGUAGAGGAUCCAGCAGUAAAGAGAGGAGAAUUAGUAUAUCUCCUAGUAGAAGAUCUGAAUCGCCUUUUAGUAAUAAGAAUUUGAAUUCGGCUGGGGUGGGAAGCGGUAAUAGGCCUGCGAAGAUGGUUUCCGUUCCGGCGACUGAUAAGAGUAACAAUGCAGGUGUUGGUACGGUGAAGAGGAUUAAUGUGAAGCGGAAUGUGUCUCCGGCUAGGAGAAGUAUUCGGGUUUUUACUGAUGAUCAGAGCCUAGAGGAGGGAAGCAGUAGCCGGGAUGGGGAUUGGAGACGGAAAUCGCUGGUGGAGAUUGAUAACAAUGCUGGUAGACGUGCGAGGAGACGUGAUACUAAAAGGACUAGAAAGUUGUCUCGGGAUCUAGACGUGAACCCAGAAACAGGAUUUGAGUCAUUUGACCCUAGUCCGAGUUUGAGUGCGAGUGUGAGUCAGAGUCCGCCAUCGUAUGCAAGUUUGCUGCUUGAGGAUAUCCAAAACUUUCACAAAAAGAACACGACGAAUACUGCGACAACGCAGUCGUCUUUUGCUAUUCCAGAGUGCGUUAGCAAGGCAUGCUUGAUUAUGGAGGCUGUAGCGGAUAUGAAUUCCAACACCAGCUCUUUGUGUUCAGAUGACAGAUGGAGAAACCAAACCACUGUCAAGAAAGAAAGCUCUGGGACGGUGGUCGAUGGUCCGGUAUGA